AAAAGAAGAUGAUGGGGAAGGAAUGCAAGCCAUGCCUAGUUACAGGUGCAUUCGGAUGGGAGGUGGAUGACCGAGCUACGUACACCAAGAUGGCAGUGCUUGCGGGACAGAAGUACUGCGUCGAUGAUGUGCUGAUCGUGAGAAACCCGGCUGCUUCAAGCUCAGAGAGCUGUGAUCUUCUUCGCGUAGCAUAUUUUCAGUUUGAUGCAGUAAACCAUGUCAAAAUCAUCGGUGACGUCUUGAGGGCGCUUUCGUUUGAUGAGCACUAUAUGGCAUACCGUGUGACUAAGGGCGAGAUGAUGAUGAUCCCUUCUGCUUGGAUUUUUGACCCCACUCCGCUGGCUACUUAUUCAGUGCAGACCGCAAAAUACGUGCCCCUCAGGUACCAGAUACCAGGUCUCCGAAUCACCUCUGAAAGCGGUCAACGAUGAAGGCGCUAGUAAACCAUCAAAGUGCUGCGAGCGUCUUCGAAUUCGAGUCUGUCCUGGACCUUGUUCAAAAGGUUCGAGCGUUCUUCGGUCUGCAGGGUGGCGAGUGGGAUCUGGAGAUCUAUGAUGACGACUGGUCCUCGUGGGUCCUGCUGAAUGAGGAAGAUGCGAUAACUGGUGUUCGGCCUCGCAUCAGGACCGUCAUGCGUGGCGAUCUGGUUGUUCUUGAAAGCACUGGGACGACAUCCACUUCGUCAGUGGUGGUUUCGCAGCUGGAUGCACCGGAGCCUCCAAGUUCCAACGUCGCCCGAACUCCGUCGAUCAGGGGAAGACGCAGAGAUCCGGCCGAAGUCGGGAAGCGACGCUCUGGCCGAAUCUCAACAAACCGCAGGAGUGUCUCGGAUGGAUACUAUGGAAGUCCUGGAUGCCAUGGAAGUGAUCCGGUUUGACGACAGCCAGCUGAGACCUGGACUCCUCGAAAAGCUUCGAAGCAAAAAGCCCGGCUCACCUCUGACCAGGACGGAGUGGAGCGAAGUGACGACAGUCAUCGUGACGUUCGAGAAAGCUUGUAACAGCGUCUCCAAGUCGUUAAGCUCUCCCAUGCCCUUUCUUUUUCCAAGCGUCCUGAACCUUACUCAUGCUCGGUACAUGGAGCUGGCUGACCGCGCCCUUGUUCAAUGGCCGGCGCUGCACUUUGGGUGCAGCCCGAAACAGGCACUGUCGCAGGUCAAAGCAAAAAUACAAUGGGGCGUAAGGAAUGAGAAGCGACGAGACGACGGAAGUGAUGCCGAACUCCAAGCGUCAUCAAAGAGGUUGUCACGCGGAAAAACAUUCAAGGGAUCGCGAUAUGAAGGAUUCGAAGGCUACAAGGAGUACCUUCCGCCUAUGCCGGAGGAAGACGUUCAGCAUCUGAGAAACCGCCUCUUGAAGCAUCUACACGAGGCUAACCUGACGAGCGAAGGCAAAGCUGAGCGAGAGGCCCUGAUCAACUCGACGUUCGCAGACAGGCGCAGGCAUGUGGUGACGCUCCACACCAGCAUGCGCAAGCUUUUGGAGCUGUAUCCAAUCUUGCGGAACCCAGACGAAAUCUGGCGUGAGCUGGCCAAACUGGAGGGGGAGACGGAGUCGUCUAAGCUUGGUGACUACAGGCGGCGCCUGAGCGACUUUCUCGCCGCCAUCCAACUGAUCACAGAAUGUCAAGACACCGACUGCGUGGAGUCUCUCCUCUACUACCUAGACGCGAACCCCGAGGACAUCUUUGAGGGAUCAGGAAGCGCGCCGCACUACCAGGUCAACGACGACGGGUCCAUCGGCCUUUUCGUCGAGGGGGUCUGCUUGACAAGGUCGGUGGACCGGAGCAGCAAGGCUGAUCUCCUGCUUCUGUGGGCAGCGAUUUUCCCAGUGUUCAACCAGAAGUGUCCCGUGUCUAAGGCUAAGAACGCUCUGAUAUUUAUCACGGUGAACAUCUUUGAAAAGGGGGGCAACCAAACUCUUUCCAACCGUGUCCUGGGACGAGUCCAGCGUCUCAAGCAGCUCUGUGCGUAGCUCUGUGAGUAGCUUAGAACGGAACCUGAGAACGGAACGCCUUUGCCGCUCGGCUGUUAACACUUUCAAACCGUGUGACACGUCCAGCGUCUCGAGCAGCUCUGUGAGUAGCUGAGCACAGAACUUGAUAACGGAAUGUCUUUUCCGCUCGGCAGUUAACCCUUCGAACCGCGCCCUGGGACAUGUCCAGAGUCUCAAGCAUCUCUGUGCGUAGCUCUGUGCCUAUAGCUUAGAACGUAACUUUAGAACGGAGCGCCUUUGCCGCUCGGCAGUUUCCUACAGAAGAUUACUUUUUUAGGUUCAUUUUUAGUACAAUAAGAGAAAUAUUACUGUAUGCAGUUGUAAGCUUGCUGAAAGGAGCUUGAAUGCAGUUUUGAAUAAACAUGUUUGAUGAGUUUAA